AUGUUUGUUCACAUAAUGGAGAAUAUCUGUUCAAUUCUUAAGCCAUUGGUUGCGGGUGUGUUGAAUAUUGGGGUCAACACAACGACCGAACCCCUGAAAGACUGUGUGGAAGUGCCCGCACAUCACCUGCUGUUCCAGAUCGCCAAUAUAUGUUUCGUCUUAUCCUAUGCCAUACCUAAUGGCAAAUAUUGUAUUUUGUUUAUGCAUUCAAUGCUGGCGUUCGGCUGUCUAUUGGCGGCCGUCUGGUCGUGGAGUUUUAUAUGUGGUUCAGGAAUGAUUGGCUGGUAUUUCACAGUUAACGUUAUUUCGGGCAAUCAUUUCCUUCAUUGCAUUGAAAGCAAACAAUUCUUAGAUUCGCCGGAAUUUGAAAGCAGUAAAUCGGGAACUGAAGAGAAAUUCAAAGUGUCUCUCAUCGCCGCCACUUCCUGUCGAUACAUCUUCUGGCAAAGACAAUCACUCGAAUACCUUCUUAUUAAACAACAAUUCUUGGCUAAUGUCUUAAGUCUAAUACUAUCCCGCGAUAUAACCAAUAAACUCUAUGCUAUGAACGAAAAGAUCGUCGCCGAUAAGGGCUCUCAACUGGACAUCCGUUUGCCAAUUAUAAUCACCUCAUUGUGUAAUUCAGGCUCAAGUGUCGGAUCGCACGAACAAAGAGGAGAAUCGCCGACCACUUCCAGAAUGCCGUUUCGCGAACGAAUCGCUUCACCCGUUAUGUUCUUUAAAGGCGCCCGAAGUAAAAGUUUGCAGACAAACAGUUUAGGACUGGCGGUCAACACUUCCCCGCGAAUGAUAUCACGACCGCCCAAACUAUCACCAAAAAAAGAUUUCAUUGAUUUAAAACAUAUUAGCGAAGAGAUUAAUAGUGAUCUCUAAAUACAUAGACAUAACACCCACUCAUUCACCAAAGAACAGAAUGACUGCUAAAUGGUCUCAUUUUUCAUAACUUUUUUCCAUCAAAUAAUUGACAGCAAAUCUGAUGAUUUGUCUUCUCAUACGACACAUACAACUCAUAAACAUUAACUAUUGACGACUCUAUUUGUAUUAUUUGUGAUUACCGUCCGAUGUUUAGUCUGUUUGAGAUAAUGUCAAAACUGAUUGAGUUUCAUAAACUCAAGC